UUCAUGAGCUACAUUCACAAUCACAAAUCCUUAAACCUCCAACGCAACGACAUUUAUCAAACGUUUUAGAUUUUAUUUAAGUGCCUAUUUUUUUGUAGAAUUCCACUUCGGCGUUUUGUUAAUUUUAAUGCUACAUUCGUCAGGCUGAAAAAAAUAUUUUACUUGUCGCAAGAUUGAUUUUCAACUGUUUACAAAGAGAAUCCCGGAGGUUUGAAACACGAUUUUAACUAAGGAUGGCUUCUCGUGGGAAAUCAGAAACCGGCAAACUGAGGCAGAAUAUGGAGGAACAACUUGACAGACUGAUGCAGCAGCUUCAGGACCUGGAGGAAUGCAGGGAAGAACUGGAUGAGGAAGAGUAUGAAGAGACAAAGAAGGAAACCUUGGAACAGCUGGAGGAAUUCAAUGACUCCCUCAAGAAGAUAAUGACAGGGGACAUGACCCUUGUGGAUGAACUCAGUGGAAUGCAGCUGGCCAUCCAAGCUGCCAUCAGCCAAGCAUUCAAAACUCCAGAAGUGAUCCGCCUUUUUGCCAAGAAGCAGCCGGGACAACUGAGAACCAGACUAGCCGAGAUGGACCGAGACGUGAUGGUGGGGAAGCUGUCGCGGGACGUGUACACGCAGCAGAAACUGGAAAUCCUCACAGCCUUGAGAAAACUGGGAGAGAAGCUCACUCCGGAGGAUGAGACUUUUCUCACUGAAAAUGCUACAGCUGUUCUGAGCCAGUUUGAAAAAGUGACUGCAAACCUGGGCUCUGAAGACAAAAUUAUGGCUUUAGCUAGCUCUGGUGUGAAAACCAAGGCAUAGCGAUUCUGAAAAUGUUAAUUUUAAGUCAACUUCUUUGUUCUUACCGUGAAAAAAAUGUGCCAAUCGAUCACAGAUUUUUGUAAAUAAUCGGUGCACUUUUAGGUGCCACUGUAGACGCUAACACUUUUUAAUAGUAUUGUUUUAUACUUGUCAACUUUUUUUUUUUUUUUUUUAAAUGUCUUGUCCAGAUGAGUGUAAAAUUGUAUUAUAGGUACGAGCAUGUGAUUUGUUAAAUAUGAUCGUGAAUGUAGCCGACAGCGCAGGCGGUUCAAGAAGAAUAUUCUGUUGUGAUUUGUGCUGUGUUCUUUAUUGGGUUGCUGUGUCUGUUUUAAAACAUGACAAUUCAACAGUUUGCUGUUUUUAAGAUGUGUGCAAAAGCUGCAAAUGUUCAUGAUGUGGAUUAUUUAAACUAAACGUUGCCGUGUGAA